AAUUCCCGGUUGAAAUCGAAUCGUGUUCCAGAAUCAUGUGAAAACCUAACAGCCUAAACAGUAAAAAGUAUUCCCAAUUUCCUUGUUUUGCACACUUUCUCCUAAAGUGCCAAACUUGACAUUUCUGACAUUUCCGAUUCAUAGGAAACCUUUCUCUGAAUAAAUAUUGUGUUAUGAUUUAUUUUCAGCCGUCCUUGGCUGGAUCGGUAGAGCUGUAGCAUCCUGUGAAAAUUGGCCGGAAAAGGCGAGCAUUCCUGGCCGUUUCCCUAUGUCUACCACUAUUUAUAGAGUUCUCACGUAUAGUGCUGUAGGUGCCGAUGCGUUAAUACUACUGACCUUGCGAAAUCGUGGGGUAGCGUAAUUGUUCAGAGAACAAAUAGCGCCUCAUUCAAAUUUCAACCUAAAAUUUCCAGAUGCGCAAAAAAUGAGUGUUGCGUAAAAUACUAGUGCAAACGUACCGAGCCGAAUUCGAAUUGAUUUUCGUUGAAAAACAAACACGCUUAAGACGGAAUCGAUGGACGGAGGUUAUCAAAUGGGAUCGCAGCCAAAGCCAACUGACCUUGCUUUUAUUUUCUGUCGCAUUUUUGUAACUUCCAAUUUCCGUAAAUACGGCAUGCGCUAGCUGGGGUCUCUCGUCUUCUUAAUGCAACAUAAACAACCAGUCGAGUUUCGUUUUGUGUGUAACUGUGCAUGCAACAACAGCAAAUGACGCAAUAAAAACCCUCCAAUGCUUAUUCACGUUGGCGGGACUGGUCUUCAGGCCCCCCAAGGUUCAGUGCAGCAGUUCUUGAUGUCAACAAUCAACGAAAUAAAUAAGCUAGGGACUAGUAAGACUAGGGCACGUAAAUGAGGUCGCCCUGGAAGUGAUGCGUCGUAUGUUUCCAAUCUCCUGGGUCAAGCGGGAAAUAUUUUUAGCAACAGGUAAACACAUUCGGUAUGUUUUGGCAGCUUCCAACUGGACACUCAUGUUUAUCGUUAAAGCUGCAUGAGUGCAUUCGCAAUUCCUCUUUGUCAGUUAAUUGGUUCAUUACGUCAACGAGUAAAUUAAUUCAAAGUUCCUGUUAAUCCUGUUAACGUUUUGGACUGCGUAUUUUUCUCGGGCAUUGUAAACAUUUCUUUUUUAAUGUCUCAAGGCCAUGGCGCACGAUUUUGGAUUAUAAUCUCGGCAGAUAUCCGCCGUAUCGUCGCAUUUUCUUUAACGAAAGGAGAGCAGCAAAAAUGUUGUACACAUAUUGAUCGAGAACGAAACUACGUAAUAACGAACUUUGCUCGCCACACGUAGGAAUGAAUUAUCUCAAAUCUGCUUGAUGACGUUGUAGGAAAUGACUGGAUGCGAGUCGAGUAACAGUUGGACGCUGUAUUUUAUCAUUUUAAAAAUAUACAUCGGGUGAUGUUUUUAAUCUAUUUGAAUUGGAUUUUUUCUUCCCCCGACUCGUUGUCAAUUCGUUCGCCGUUAGAUGUCAGCACGAUCGAGCUCCAGCAGAACACACACACUGUUGAAAGUUCUCUCUUGGAUUUGGUGUGGAGUGGAUUCCUUCCUAUCGUGUCUGGCUGGUGAAAACUCCCGAAGCAAAUACAGUCGUGAAUCUACUACUAACGAGAACGGUAGGGUCCGUUGACACAGAGAAACAAGCCUUGGGCAAAUUUUUACGCAAUCUUAUUGGUCGAUUGUAACCGUUCAUCGUCCUUUUACUCAUCAACUUCUGGUUCAUUAUUUUUUCCCCUUGGCAUAUAUACCCACCAAAAUUUCGGUUGACGAAUUCGUUGCCGUCUGCUGCCGAACCUCCAUACUGCAACCGGGCAACUUUUUCCUGCGAAUUUCCAAAUCAAUUUGGAAACAAAAUAACUGUAUACCCACAAUGUCUAUCACCAGCAGCAACAAGAGUGAAAUGCGAGAGAAAACAUUUCGAAUUUGUCGAGAUUACCUCAACGGCAUCUGGAAGAUGAUUGCCCCACAAGAAAUGGUGCUUAAACAAGUCAGUGGCGGAAUGAGCAACUUUUUGUACUAUUGCGCCUUACCUCCUAUGGCCAAGCCGAAACAAGGUGAACCGUCACGAGUCCUGGUCCGGUUUUACGGCCAAAUCCACGGCGAAGGAGCGCUGGAGGCAUUGCUAACCGAGUCGGUCAUUUUCACGCUGCUAUCUGAGCGUAAGCUUGGACCUAAAUUACAUGGAGUCUUUCCCGGUGGGCGAUUGGAGGAAUUUAUUCCGGCACGUCCGUUAAAGACGAAGGAGCUCGUCGAUCCCGAGAUCAGCUCCAUCAUCGCCGAGAAAAUGGCGCAGAUUCACAGCUUGGACGUACCGAUCAGCAAAGAACCCACUUGGUUAUGGGACACGAUGAAUCGCUGGAUGAGCAACAUGAAAGUGACACUUGCUGCACAGCCGACACACCAAAUUGUCGAUAAUGAUUUCAUUGAAAAAGAUGUUUCUUCCGCUAUGCGAUCCAUUUUGAGUUGGAAAUUGGAUUCGGAAAUGGACUGGAUGAAGACCUAUUUAACGCAGCUUCGUUCUCCAGUCGUCUUUUGUCAUAACGAUUUACAAGAGGGUAACAUUUUGAUCCGCGAAUCGGCCGUUACUCGCGAAGAAAAGCUGGUCAUAAUUGACUUUGAGUACUGUUCCUACAACUAUCGAGGAUUUGACGUGGCCAACCACUUUUGCGAGUGGAUGUACGAUUACACAUUUGACAAAUACCCAAAAUUCAGUUACAAUCCAGCAGCAAUGCCGUCUGUCGAACAACAGUUGUGUUUCAUUCGUCAUUAUUUGGAGACGGUGCAGCGUGAAAUGGGCAUUGAUGAUUCACACAAGAAUCCAAUUAUGAAUACUAUCGAUGCAGGGCCCCAGAAUGAACUCCGUCUUCUACGAGAAGCCGAAUGUUACAUGCUUGCUUCGCACUUUUUCUGGGGUCUUUGGGCUGUCGUUAACGCACCAGUUUCUUCUAUCCCGUUUGGCUACUGGGAGUAUGCCGAGGCCCGGUUUGCAGCUUACUUUGAGCACAAACAAAAUUUACUACGUAAAUAUGGAGAAGUUAUCGAGGAGAACGUUUAAUUCGCACCUUGAAUCAAAUUCGUUGUGAUCACUAUUACCUUGUUGCUUUCCUAUUCGACUAUUGUACGAGUUUCGGACGGAAACGCAUUCAAACCCAAUGCACGCUGCGUUAUACUACUUACGAGGCCAUCGCCCAAAAGCUUCCUUACUUCGAUCCAUUUGUAUAAAUUACGUUUUAUCUCUUUUGUUCCCGUUGCUCUCAAAAGUGUGCAUUUCGCGUCAUAUGUGUCGCUUCUUUCUUGUUCACUUCCUUAAGACUCUAUUUUUGGGUUGUGAUCUUAAGCCAUCUUCUCUCCUAACUAAAAGGUGGUAUGACAAGUUUUUUAAAAAGACUUGGGGAUGGAUGUGAUGUGGGAAAGUUCACAAAACUUCGAAAACCUCUAUGAGGCGUGAGACACACGACACAUGUACUUGAAACAUUGACCUAUUAUCCAGCAAUCCACUGACCCUAAUUUAACUGCCAGGGUUGGUGGUGCUCUGUAAAUGUCAAUGCUCAAAUGAUUUUCUUUAAUUGUUUCUCUAUCCUGUUCGUUGACAUGUAUAUUGGACACAUGUUCAUUACACAGAGUUGAAUUAG